CUGAAGUCAUUGUGGAUCCGCCGGAAGGGCGAAACUAGAAGACGACUGGCCAAGAUCCGACGUACUGACCAAGACUCUAUAACAAUUGGCGAUACUGUCUGGCGUCGUAACCCAACUGCUGAAAAAUAUGGUACCUUAUUUUCUGGUCCCUAUGAGGUUGUUGACCGUGAUGGAGCAACUAUAAGUUUGAAGAAGGCAGAUGACGAUGUGAUCAUGCAAUGCCCUGUAAACCAGUUGAAGAAAGGACGAAGACCUAUUAAGACCGGUAAGGGUCCUACUUCUUCCACCUUCCUGGAAAAAGGUGUGCAAGUUGAGGUUGAGCCCGAAGUGCAUGAGGAAGAACCUCCAGUGAGCCGAGAAGAGUUGAAGAUAUGGCAAGAGGCUGUUAUGAAUGACGGUGCUGGGGUCAUGACACGAAGCCGCAAGAGGGCAGUCGACAGAGUCUCAGAUAUGUUGAAGUCUAACAAAAUUGCUCGUAAAGAGUGA